UAGUAGAUUGAUAAAGAGUCUUAUAUGACAGUGCUUGAAGUGUAACGCUACUACAAUGGCGAAAAGACAUCACGUUGAAGGUUAUGAAAAUUUUUUGAAGUUCAUGGAAGAUUUCAAAGAAAAAGGUUCAAUUUUCGUGUUGUACAGCGGUACAAACCUUCCCACGGGUAAAAGUUGGUGUUCGGAUUGCGUUGAAGCUGAGCCUUUCAUCGAAAAAGGAAUAGCCGAUGCACCAGAGGGCUCACAUUUCAUCCAUGUAGAAGUCGGAGACAGACCGUUUUGGAAAGAUCUCAAAUGUCCAUUCCGCACCAACUCGAAGACAAACCUUAAAGUUUUGCCUACAUUGGCUUUGUGGGGCACGCAAAAACGGUUGGAAGGAGAUCAGUGUUUGGAUGCAGGACUGAUAGAAAUGCUAAUAAAUGAGGAAGUUGAUUGAAGGACAAUAUAAUAAAAAGGACAAUUUUUUAUCGA